CAGUACCAAACACUGCAAAAUAGCUAAUAAUAUACAUUGUACAUCUAUACAAUCAGGAUAAAAAGAUGCCUGGGGUAGAAAAAAAAAUACCAAAAAAAACGUCAUAAGUCAGUAAAUAAAGUAGGAUGAAAAAAUUGUAGGUUGCACAUUUCAAAUUAUUUUAUACUGAAAAAAAUGUUUUGUUAUUUCACAGCCUUUUGGUUUUUUGAAAAUAUGAUUGAUUCAACAUAUAGUUUGGCCUCCACCAUAAAUAAAUAAAACUUGCUGAGAGCACAUUUUGUAGAACAGGAAGUCUCACAACAGAAGCUCUCGCGAUACUUCCCCUCUCACGUGGUGCGGAUCUUCCUCUACGCCGCGACAGAAAACAUGGCAGCGCUCUUGAGAUCAGCCCGGUUACUUAAGAUUUCGCCUUCGGGUUUCCUCCAGAUCACAGGGACCAAAAGAAAUGGAGCUCUCAGCCGUCUCUACAGCGGAGCGGUCGCUAGCAGGAGAACGGGAGUUUGUUCCCGCCAGUUUAAGCCCGUUUCGGACAGUUUCUCCUGGCCUCAUUCAGCAGUGUGCGUGCGCAGCUACGCUGUGGCCACAGAGCAGAAGGACGAAGCCAGCAUCGCAGUCAAGUCCAAGCAAGCCCAGCAGUUCGACUGGGCCCUGACCAAACUGGAAAGCUCCGUGAGGAGGACCGGUCGCGUCACCAAGACUCAGCUGCUCCGCAUCUUCCAUGACAUCUGCAGGACAGGUUACCCCAGUGGAAAUCAGGCUCUGCUGCUGCUGCGCAGCUGUGGGUCUCUGCUGCCUGAGAUGCCUUUGGCGGAGCGCUCUGAGCUGGCACACCGUGUGUGGGAGAAGCUACAGGAGCUGGGUGCACAGUAUGAUGUUAGCCACUACAACGCCUUGCUAAAGGUUUACCUGCAGAAUGAAUUCAAAUUCUCUCCCACUGACUUCCUCGCCAAGAUGGAAGCAGCGAACGUGCUGCCGAACAGAGUUACCUAUCAGAGACUGAUUGCAGCCUACUGCCAAAACGGAGAUAUUGAGGGAGCCAGCACCAUCCUGGGUUUCAUGAAAAGCAAAGAUCUCCCCAUCACUGAAGCGGUGUUCAGUUCUCUGGUGACGGGGCAUGCUCGCGCCGGUGACAUGGAAAGUGCAAAGAACAUCCUGGCUGUGAUGCGGGGAGCCGGGAUCGAUCCCACCCCCGACACUUACGUGUCGCUGCUGAACGCGUAUGCUGAGAAGGGAGACGUGGACGGUUUGAAAACGACGCUGGAGGCAGCAGAGAGCGCAGACUGCAGUCUGAUGGACAGAGACAUCAUGCAGGUCAUCUUCACUCUGGCCAAAGCUGGAUACCAGCCGCUCAUUCCAGACAUGAUCGAACGUCUACGACAUGAGAGAGGUUAUGUGCCAGAUGCCAUGAACUUGUGUCUGAGCCUCAUCACUCAGGGCCAGGAGGACACAGCCUUCAGCAUCCUAAAGACGUUCCCGUCACUGGUGUCCGACAACAACGAGUCCUCCAACCUGGGCAACUUCUUCCUCAGACACUGCGUCAACGUGGACACUUCACUGGAGAAGGUCGCCCACUACUGCAAAGAGCUGCAGGACUUGAAUCUGCAUUCCGCGCCGCUCACAUUUGUCCUGUCCUGCUCCCUGGAAGCCAAAAAGAUUGGUACAUCUUUAGAGCUGAUGAGGCUACUUAAGGAGCAGAACUUACCCAUAAGGCCUCAUUACUUCUGGCCUCUUCUCACUCAGCCUGUGAAGGAGAACGAUGUAGCAGGUGUGCUGGAGGUGAUCAAAGGGAUGGAGAAGCUCGGCAUCGCCCCCGAUAUGGAGACUUUAUCCAACUACAUCCUCCCGGUUUUCUCCGACAUGGAGACCGCUCGACAGGCUCUCAAGGAGGCAGGCGUGUCUGUGGACUCCGAGGGAUUUUUGCACUCAGAAGUUCGCGCCAUGGCUGUGCACAACCUGGCCAAGUUGUACACCACGUUGUCGGACCCCUCCUUCCCCGAGACGGACCUCAGUACUUUCCGCAGCAGCCUCAUCGUCGGCUUCAAAAAGUCAUCUGAUGUGGAGAGCAUGGUAAAGGUCACAGAGUUGCUCUACAAAGAUGAGCGUUUCUCCAGAGGGAAUUCCAAACCUGCUGAGGCCGUCUCCUACUUCCUGUACAAUUUGUUCGACAGCAUGGCGGAGGAGCAGGUGCACGCGCAGGAGGAGAAACUUCGCACUUUCCUCAAUAAGCUGCACAGUCAGAAUAUCACAAUUCCCUUAAACAUCUACAGAGGAAUAAAGAAUCUUCUGGAGUCCUAUCACGCCCCAGAACUCGUCAAGGACGUGGUCGUUCUGGUGGAUCCUAAAGACAAGGCGCCCACCGACUUUGUGUCGUUUGGUCAACGUAGCGCUGAGGGAAAGGUGUCGUCGCUUGAAAAAAAAUUGUCCGAACUGAAAGCGGAGAACAAGCCGUUAGGAUUGGUUCUGAAGCAGCUCAUUCAGGCCCUGUGUUCUGAGGAGAACCUGCAGCGCGCCCUGGAGCUGAAGCAGCAGCACGAGGAGGACAUGACAGCCGGCAGCUACGCCACCCUCAUCAACCUGUGCUGUCGCCACAACAACGUGGACGAGGCGCUCAACCUGAAGAGGGAGAUGAGCCGAAAGGACUCUUCAGUAGCGCUGGAUGCCAACAAAUACAUCGCACUGGUCAAGACCCUCUCUGUGAACGACAGGUUGGAGGAGGCAGUAGAUAUCCUGAAGGAGAUGAAAGAGAAGGAGGUGGUGCUGAAUGACGCCAACGCCACCACCGUCUUCCACGUUCUCAACGCCGUCGCCGCUAAGGACAACAUCGCCGCCGUCCGCCGAUUGCAGGACACCAUCUUCUCACUCGGCCUGACCAAACCCACCGCCAAUCUCUGCUCACCCAUAGUCACCGCCUACCUGAACAGAAAGGACGUGGCCGGAGCGCUGGAAGCCACCAUCGAGUGUCAGAAGAUCUACAACCAUCUGCCCCGCAUCCAUGACAUCAUCGUCGCUCUGGUGGAGAAGGGAGACACCGAUUUACUGCAGAAAGCCAUGGACUUUAUUAGUCAGGAGCGGGGAGAGAUGACCAUGCUGUAUGAUCUGUUCUUCGGUUUCCUGCAGACCGGCCGUUACCGAGAAGCCCGGAAGAUCAUUGAGACUCCAGGUUUGAGAGCGAAGCCGGGACGCCUGCAGUGGUAUGCGGAUAAGUGCAUUUUGAACAGCCAGAUGGAGAACUUGGAGCAGAUGGUGGAAAUGACGGCUAAGCUGUUUGAGUGCGACAGAGAUGACAUGUACAGUUACAUCCUCAGGCUCUGCAAAGAAACAAAUGACUGGCGGAAAGCUGAGGCCAUGUGGACGAAGAUGCAGGAGGAGAACGUCAUUCCCAGAGAGAGGACCCUACGUUUGCUGGCAGAAAUUCUCAAGAGUAAUGAUCAGGAGGUUCCCUUUGAUGUGCCUGAGAUGUGGUACAAACGAGAUGCCCCCACAAAGACGCCCCCCUCGCCAGCCCUCCCAGCAGCGGAAAGUGGUGUUGAUGUUAACGGGCGUCUGUUGGCCCUCUGCAAGAAGAACAAGGCGAAAGCGCUGCAACGCUGUGGCCCAACAGAAAGACAUUUUGAUGUCCUUUUUGUCUCAGAAGGCCCAAAGUCCAGGACAGAUCGGGAAGAUCAAGAACCUGCUGAGUCUGGUUCCGGACUUUGCAGAGAAGAGGGUGGUGUACGCGUACCUGAUGAAGUGUCACGUUCUGGAUAAGGACUUGACGUCGGCCAAGGCUUUGUACGAGCAGAUGCUGAGGGAGGGGGUCACCGUCGACGAGCUGUCACUCAAACGGCUGGCGAGGCUGUACCGCGAAACGGGAGAGACGGCGCCCUUCCCCGAACCCCCGGAGUCCUUUAAGUUUUACGCAGACAAGCUGAAGGAGCUCGCUGCCAAAACCCAAACGACGGCGGAGGAGUAACGACCCGCGGCCCGCUCCUCCCAUCGUCUCCUUUUUCUGUUUUUAUAUAGAAGUCGUUCAAGCUGAAGCCGUUUGAACUUUGUGUUGUUUUGGAUGUGACGUCAGUUUGUUGGCACAUCGGUAAAAUAAAACAAAAUGAGGAUGUUGAGACUGUACAGAAGUAUUUAUGCAAAUAUGCAAGAAAAGACGAAAUAAAUUCAUACCAUCAA